UUCAUAGUCAGUGACUUUAAAUCCUAGACAACCAGGACUUUAACAUGUUGUGUUCCUUUGGUUAAUUUAGUUCAAUUCAAUUGAUUAGAACUUUAUUUGCCCUGAAGGAAAUUCUUGUGCCAGACAAUGCUUCAAAUUACAGCAACACUAAGUACAGUAACCACAAUUUAACGUUCACAACCAGCAACAACCAGUGUGCUCCCCAGGUCAGGGUCAAUCAUUGGGCCCAGUUAUAGAACAAUUAAAUAUCUAGAGUUUGGCAAAGGAAUGGCAAGUAAAACAAAUGGACUGGCAUAUUUAUGUUUUAUGUGUGGGUUUUAAGAGGUAUAAAUUUGCACUUUUAAAGGCUUUAAAUCAACAUAGACUUCUAAAAUCUUAAUAUUGUAUACUUAAGACUUUUUAAAGUAAAAAAACAUCCUUAUGAAGAACAGAAACAAUACAUCUUUAUUAAUUUGCUCCUAGAUCUCUCUCACUGCCAUAAAAUUCCCACCAUGUUGAAGAGACACUGUUGGUCACAUCCUCAUGUGCGUUACAUCACUAGAAAGUCCAAGAUGUCCUUUGUACAGUUCAUCAGGACUCAAAUAGACUGCAUGCAUAGUGUUAAAAUUAGAGCCCUCAGUGUCAUGUCCCCUACAGAGAACUAAUUUUAAACAUGCUUGGUCUUUACUUGAAUAUGUCUAUUUUGUGCUAUAUUUUACCUCUAUUUAAUUACAGGUCAGUACUUUUUACUCCAUUACAAUUAUUUGACACUUAAAGUUACUUUUUACAAACUGGUGCAUAAAAAUUCAUCAGGAUGCAGUAAUUAAUUGCUGGUAGAGGCCCCUCAGUUCCCCCGUUUCAUAUGUAUCCCCCUCCAAUGUUAAGACAUAAGAUAAACCCUCAUUAACUGACCACAGUAUUUCCACUUCCACUUUAAUAAAGGCUCUGAGUACUUUAUGAACCACUGAAAGUUGGUCAGAGUUGUUCCUCCUGUGUCUACGUGCAAACAAUAAUGGGUCUAGAUCUGAGUUUAGCAGCCUACAGGCUCUUUAAUGCAGCCUACAGGCUCUUUAAUGCAGUCACCACAAACUUUUAUGACCCCACAGCUGGGGUCAAAGCUGGUAUUUAGUAAUUAUUACUUUCCCAGCUAUUUAAAAAUGUGACAUCUUCAUUGUCAUGUGAUUGUCUGUGAGUGCUUGGAGACUCAUUUCCCAAUUCGAUGUGGUGACGGCAACUCAUUGUGAAAGUUCCCACUUCUCAUCAUGGUGAGUUUUAGCCACUUUGGAAAUUUGGCCAGUCAGUGCUCAGAUUGUGUUGUUGCGUAUAAAAGGUGGCAGCACUUGGAUGCUUUAUCACUUGAAGACAUUGUUGGGCGACAGCAAUGCUACGCAAGGGUAUUACAGAGAGCUUUGGAGCUGCCAUCCAUGCCCUUAACAUCACCCAGCUGACAGAUGGUGUGAUUAACAGGAGCAAAAGGAUGAUGCUGGACAACCUGGGCGUUGGGCUGUUAGGAACCAGGACAGCUGUCUUUAACAAGGCUCUCAAGUACAGCCAGUUGUUCACAUCUCAUGAGCAGAGCAGUGUUUGGGGUAGAUCAGAGAUAACUCUUCCUCCCCAUUAUGCAGCAUUUGUCAACGGCGUUGCGGUUCACUCCAUGGACUUUGACGACACUUGGCACCCUGCUACUCAUCCCUCAGGCGCUGUGCUACCAGCCCUGCUGGCUCUGGCAGAGACGCUGCCCAGUCAGCCCUCUGGUCUCGACCUGCUGCUGGCCUUUAACGUUGGCAUCGAGGUGCAGGGUAGACUCAUGAGGUUCUCCAGAGAGGCCUACAACAUCCCAGAGAGAUUCCACCCUCCCAGUGUUGUUGGCGUGAUGGGCAGUGCCGCAGCCUCAGCUAAGCUCCUGGGUCUGUCCCCCGCACAGUGCGGUCAUGCUCUGGCUGUUGCAGCCUCCUCCGCUGGGGCUCCCUUAGCCAACGCCGCCACACAAACCAAACCUCUCCAUAUUGGUAAUGCUGCUCAGAGAGGCCUGGAGGCCGCUCGGCUGGCCCAGAUGGGACUGGAGGGGAAUCCGGCCAUCCUGGAUCUGAACUCUGGGUUUGGCGUUUACUACAAAGACUACAGUCCUUCACCCAUGGAAGUUUCUCCUUCUGCUGACUUUAAAUGGAUUCUGGAAGACCAGGAUGUGGCCAUCAAGCGCAUCCCUGCUCAUCUGGGGAUGCACUGGGUUGUGGACGCGGCGCUGGCAGCCCGUGAAAAGCUUGAAAACACACUGGGGCACUUUGACCUCAGCCAGAUCACACAUGUCACACUUCGAGUGCCUCCAUCUAAGUACGUUGACUGCCCCUUACCUGCCACAGAGCACCAAGCCAGGCACUCAUUCCAGUUCAACGCCUCUUCUGCCCUGCUGGAUAACAAAGUGACAGUUUCGUCUUUCAGUGAUGCUCAGAUUAACCGGCCUGCUCUGAAGGAGCUGUUGACCAAAGUGGAGGUGGAGACCCCGAAAGAUAAUCAGCCCAGCUUUGACAAGAUGUACUGUGAGGUGGAGAUCGAAACAGAGCAGGGGCAUAGUUUUACAGCCAGGUGUAAUACCUUUUAUGGCCACUGGAGGAAGCCGCUGAGUCAGGAGGACCUGGUAGAGAAGUUUUGCAUGAACGCUUCCUCAGUGUUGUGCUCAGAGGGAGUGGAGGGUGUGAUUGACGUGAUAGGAAACAUUGAGAGAGUGAGAAGGUGCUCAGUCUUGGGUUCAUAUCUGAGAAUGACAAGUGGUCAACAGGAGCAGUUAUACAGCACACAGAGAGUGUGAUUAUACAGUGUGUGAUGAGGCCGGUGUAGUGAGUGUGUUAUAUGUGUGUGAUGUCAAAUAAUACUUUGAAUUUUUCCACAAGAAUCAUAAUGUAAAUAUUUAUUCAUCCUUUUUCUUUCAUGGACUAAGAAAUAAAGGAACUGAAAAGUGAACUUCUUUGUUUUAUUGCAUUGUUUGUACUUCACCACAGCUGCUGUUGAUUUUCUAAAAUGUGAUUAACAUUGCCGACACGAUGCUGAUCGAAUGCAUCACAACAUAAUCCAAUAAAACUGAGUCAAACAGAAAUUUCUGCAAAAUAAAUCAGACCAUGCUGUGCACAUUACUUGUACAAACAUGUAUAUUUUAAGAGCAUCUGAAUGUGCUUUUGAUGAAGGAGUUACUGUGACACAAGCUCUCUAAAACGACAGCCCCCCAUUCUUUUCUGUUUGGGUAUUAGUGCAAUUAAGCGAGUUUCAACACGUCCUUCACCAUCGCUCCGAUCCCAUCAAAUAUCUCAUGUAUGGGAGCGUUGCACAUGAAUGCAGACGUGGUGACCAGCUUGUUCUUCUCGUCCACGUGG